AUGAAAAACCGAAUUCCCUCCCUAAGGCCCCUCUGCCAUCCCCAAGCGCAAAGCCUCCUUAAGGUUCGCAACUAUUCGACAAGCAAACCUCCGAUUCCGCAAUCGCAACCGCAACCGCGGCCGCAGCCCAACAACAAACUACAAUUCAAAGACAUCCCCGCUACAGCUGUGAACUACUACUGGGACACACAAGCACCGGAUGAAAGCCAACUCGCCUACGCAGACAAAUUCUUCGCUCCCUCGCGUCACUCCCCAAUAAAGCUCUGGACCCUGAGCAAGUUCCGCACGACGCCGCUUUCCUCGACGACUCCCGAAGUAGCAUUUCUAGGGCGGUCGAAUGUCGGCAAAAGCUCAUUGUUGAACGCCCUCAUGGGGCAGGAGAUAUGCUGGACAUCGUCGAAACCAGGGCGCACGCAGACGAUGAACGCAUUCGGUAUCGGAGGGACAAAGGGCGGCGAGUCUAAGGUCGUGUUGCUCGAUAUGCCGGGAUACGGAAAGGGGAGUCGAUCGGAAUGGGGGAAUGAGAUUAUGAAGUAUUUGAAGAAUAGGAAGCAACUCCGCCGCACCUUCAUCCUAAUCGACGGCCAGCACGGCAUCAAGCACUCCGACGAAGGCAUCCUCGAAUUAUUCCGCCACUACGCCAUCCCGCACCAGAUCAUCGUCUCGAAAGUUGAUAAUAUCAUGGCAGCGAGGACGAGUCAACUUGCCACUGGAGUAACGGAGGAACAUCUGCUCCAGACACAAAAGAAGAUACAGGAGCUCCGUCCUAUCAUCCAGCCUGUUGGCCGAGACGAAGGUCCCGGUGCUCUGGGCGAGAUUCUGACAUGCAGUUCAAAGGUCCUCCGGACUCCUGGAAAUUAUCUGGGGAUUAGUCCCAUUCGUUGGGCUAUCUUGUCUGCUGCUGGCUAUGAUGGGAUGAUGGAGGUGAAGUCUAGCCAUGGCCAACCUGAUCUGACGGGGUCGAGUAUGUCCUCUGGGGCUGGACUUUGA